UGGCAUUUCCUGCUUGCUAGCCUCCGCUGCACCAGCGCCAUUCUUCGUCGUCUGCUCUGCGUCGCAUGUUUGAAGCCUUCAGGGACGGAUUUCUGGCCAGCUCGGCAGAUCGCACGCGUUCAUAAGUUCGAGAAGUUGAAUCAGUAUUGAGUUCAUGACUGGUGCUGCUCGUGCGAUUCUGGCCAGAUUCCGCCCGUCACUCGCGCUCCUAGCUUCGCGCACGCCUCCCACGUCGAGAGAUCUGUCCGUGGCAUCAGCGUCCGUCUCGCCGUACCUCUCCGUAUCCGCUGCUUCCCCGUACUCCUCUCUUCGCAUGCUGACGUCAGCUGUCAUGUCAGGCGCUCUUUCCACCGCCGCCGCCCCUUCCGCGGCUGCUGUUGCGCCGACCGCAGUCCCGCGCGCGCAUUCCGCCGCUCGUGGAGAGUCUCUCAAGGGGGUUAUACAGAUCCCGAGCGCCGCUCCUCGUGGUUUGCGCGGGGAGCCAUGGCGCGGGCUGCGCAGGCUGACUGGCGGAACCGUUGCGCCAUCAGCGGUGCUUGCGCGGAAGCUGGUCGCUAGCGGUGCGCGGGUUCCGCGCGUGUCGUGCUCCGCAGCGUCUUCUGGAUCCGUCGCCGCCGCUCCCGCCGUUCCGCUAGCGGCGAGCGACGAGGUGGCUGAGCGGCUGGGGUUCGAGGCGGAGCGGCGGGAGCACGUGGCGGAGUACAACGCGGAGGCGACGGUGUACCGCCACCGGCGCACGGGCGCGCAGAUCAUGUCGCUCAGCUGCGCGGACGAAAACAAGGUCUUCGGCAUCACCUUCCGCACGCCCCCCAAGGACAGCACGGGCAUUCCGCACAUUCUGGAGCACUCGGUGCUGUGCGGGUCGCGCAAGUACCCGGUGAAGGAGCCGUUCGUGGAGCUCGCCAAGGGGUCGCUCAACACCUUCCUCAACGCCUUCACCUACCCCGACCGCACCUGCUACCCCGUCGCCUCCACCAACCUCCAGGACUUCUACAACCUGGUGGACGUGUACCUGGACGCCGUGUUCUUCCCCAACUGCGUGCGCGACGAGCGGACGUUCCAGCAGGAGGGGUGGCACUACGAGCUCGACGACCCCAAGGACGACAUCACGUUCAAGGGCGUCGUGUUCAACGAGAUGAAGGGCGUCUACUCGCAGCCCGACUCCGUCUUCAUGCGCGCCGUGCAGCAGGCCCUCUUCCCCGACAACGAGUACGCGGUGGACAGUGGCGGCGACCCCAAGGUGAUCCCGCAGCUGUCGUUCCAACAGUUCCAAGCCUUCCACGCCAACUUCUACCACCCCUCCAAUGCGCGCAUCUGGUUCUACGGGGAUGACGACCCCAACAAGCGACUGGAGAUGAUUGCUGAGUACCUGGACAAGUUCGAUGCCAACCCAGAAGCACCCAAGGAGUCGCAGGUGUCCCCCCAGCCGCUGCUCUCCAAGCCGUGGCGCGUCGUCGACACCUACCCCUCCUCCGCCGACGCUGCCUCCGACUCCUCUGACUCCGAGGGCGAGGAGCAGGAGGACGCAGCAUCAUCAUCGUCUUCAGCAGCAGCGGUGCCGCGGCGCCACAUGACGGCCGUCAACUGGCUGCUGUCUGAGUCUCCCCUCUCCUUAGAGCAGGAGCUCACUCUCGGCUUCCUUGACCACCUGCUGCUCGGCACGCCCGCUGCACCGCUGCGCAAGCGCCUCCUAGAGUCGGGCCUGGGCGAGGCCAUAGUGGGCGGCGGGCUGCAGGACGAGCUGCGACAGCCGGUGUUCUCCAUCGGGCUCAAGGGUGUGGCGGCAGCGGACGUGCCUAAAGUGGAGCUGCUUGUAACGGAGGUGCUGGAGGAGCUCGAGAGGGAUGGGUUUACGGAGCCGGCAGUGGAGGCGGCAGUGAACACGGUGGAGUUCGCUCUGAGGGAGAACAACACGGGGUCGUUCCCGCGGGGCCUGUCCCUCAUGCUGCGCGCCAUGGGCAAGUGGAUUUACGGUGGGGACCCCAUCCAGCCGCUGCGCUUCGAGGGGCCCCUGGCGGAAUUCAAGGAGAAGAUCCGCCAGCCGGGGGGCAUCAAGGCCGUCUUCAGCCCGUUGAUCCGGUCGUACCUGCUAGAUAACCAGCACCGCGUGACAGUCGAGAUGCAGCCAGACCCCACAAAGGCGGAUGCGGACGAGGAGGCGGAGAGGGCGGUGCUGGAGGCGUUCCGGCAGAAGCUGGCGGACUCGGACUUGGAGAAGUUGGUGGAGGCCACCCGGGAGUUGAAGGAGAGGCAGGAGACGCCCGACCCUCCCGAGGCGCUGCGGUGCGUGCCGAGCCUGCAGCUGGAGGACAUCCCGAAGCAGCCGGUGCAGGUGCCGAUUGCGGUGGAGCGAGACGCGUCGGGGGCGACUAUUCUGCGGCACGAGCUGUUCACCAACGACGUGCUGUACCUCGACCUGGCGCUCGACAUGCGCCACGUCCCGGCGCACCUCGUGCCCCUCGUCUCCCUCUUCUGCCAAUCAUUGCUGGAGAUGGGCACCAAGGACAUGGACUUCGUUGACUUGAACCAGCUGAUCGGGCGCAAGACCGGCGGCAUCUCCGUGUUCCCCCUCACGUCCUCCAAGCGCGGCACCAAGGACCCCGUGUCCUACCUCGUGGCCAGGGGCAAGGCCACCUCUGCGCAGGCAGCAGACCUGCUCAACCUGGUGCGCGUGGUGCUGUGCGAGGUGGAGCUCACCGACCAGCAGCGCUUCAAGCAGUUCGUGGCACAGCGCAAGCAGGGCAUGGAGUCCCGCUUCCUGGGCAGCGGGCACAGCAUUGCAGCGUCCCGACUGGACGCCAUGGACAGCGCGGCGGGGUGGGCGAACGAGCAGAUGGGCGGGUUCAGUUACCUGCAGUACCUGCGCGCGCUGGAGAGGCGCGUCGACGAGGACUGGCCAGGUGUCGCCGCCUCAUUGGAGCAGAUCCGCCAGGCCGUGCUCACUGCUGACGGGGCGGUGGUCAACCUCACAGCUGAUGCUGCCACGCUGGACAAGGCUGACGUGGCAGUGAAGGAGCUGCUGGCGUCUCUGCCAGCUCAUCGUGCACAGGUGGCAGGAUCCAGCUGGUCGACUCUGCCAGUCAAGAAUGAAGCAUUCCUGGUCCCCACUCAGGUCAACUAUGUGGGCAAGGCAGUCAACCUGUACGAUGCUGCGGGGUACUCGCUGAGCGGCAGUGCGUACGUGGCGUCCAAGCUGGUGGGCAUGAGCUGGCUGUGGGACCGCGUGCGCGUCAGCGGGGGUGCCUACGGCGGCUUCUGUGACUUCGACUCGCACUCCGGCGUGUUCACCUUCCUGUCGUACCGCGACCCCAACCUGCUGCAAACUCUGGACAACUACGACGGCUCAGUGGAGUUUCUGCGGCAGCUGCAGCUGGACGAGGAUGCGCGCACCAAGGCCAUCAUUGGGACCAUUGGGGACACCGACGCCUACCAGCUGCCCGACGCCAAGGGCUACUCCAGCAUGGUGCGGUACCUGUUGGAUGUGAGUGAGGAGGACAGGCAGAAGAGAAGGGAGGAGAUCCUCACCACCACCAACAAGGAGCUGAAUGAGUUCGCGGACUACCUGCAAGCAGUGAAGGAGAAGGGCACGGUGGUGGUGGUGGCGUCGCCUGGCGACGUGGAGGCAGCCAAUAAGGAGAAGCCAGGGUUCUUGUCCACCAUCAAUGUGCUGUAGAUGUGCAUGUAGUGAUGUGUAGCACUUGUAGAGUACAUAUCUUUAUUGCGCAUGUAUGCAUCUCCUCAGAAUAACACCAUUGGAGUUCGGGUACGAUUGACAUAACUUCCCUUGAUGUGGGAAGGCAGGAAUCACCAGAAAUACUUUUCAAUGAG